AUGAAAGUGGGUUCCGGGUUAAAGGUAAAAGUGGGUUCUGGGUUAAAGGUAAAAGUGGGUUCCGGGUUAAAGGUAAAAGUGGGUUCCGGGUUAAAGGUAAAAGUGGGUUCUGGGUUAAGGGAUAAGGUGGAUUACGGGUUAAAGAUAAGUGUGCUCCGGGUUAAAGGUAAAGUUGGUUCCGGGUUAAAGAUAAAAGUUGGUUCCGGGUUAAAGAUAAAAGUGGGUUCCGGGUUAAGGAUAAAAGUGGGCUCUGGGUUAAAGGUAAAAGUGGGUUCUGGGUUAAAGGUAAAAGUGGGUUCCGGGUUAAAGGUAAAAGUGGGUUCUGGGUUAAGGAUCAAAAUGGGUUCCGGGCUAAGGAUAAAAGAUCAAAGUGGGUUCCGGGUUAAGGAUAAAAGUGGGUUCCCGGUUAAGGAUAAGGUAGGUUCCGGGUUAAGGAUGAAAGUGGGUUCCGGGUUAAAGGUAAAAGUGGGUUCUGGGUUAAAGGUAAAAGUGGGUUCCGGGUUAAGGAUAAAAGUGGGUUCCGGGUUAAGGAUAAAAGUGGGUUCCGGGUUAAGGAUAAAAGUGGGUUCCGGGUUAAGGAUGAAAGUGGGUUCCGGGUUAAGGAUAAAAGUGGGUUCCGGGUUAAGGAUAAAAGUGGGUUCUGGGUUAAGGAUAAAAGUGGGUUCCGGGUUAAGGAUAAAAGUGGGUUCUGGGUUAAGGAUAAAAGUGGGUUCUGGGUUAAGGAUAAAAGUGGGUUCAGGGUUUAGGAUAAAAGUGGGUUCAGGGUUUAGGAUAAAAGUGGGUUCAGGGUUAUGGUGA